AUGGUUACUUCCUUGCCACUCUGUGUCCCCGUGUACGUGUCCAGUCUGUGCUGUGUUGUAUCCUGGGGACUUCUUGUGAACACCAAUGAAAUACUGCUUGUCCUGGGUCAGGAUCCGUUAGUCGCGUUGUACACCGAGGAGUAUCUGUAUUACUUCAUGCCAGCCUUGUUGUUCAUAUUUCUGUAUCAGCUGUCGGCCAGGUAUCUACAAGUACAGGGUGUCGUCCAUCCGAUCGUGAUUAUUGGCGUGGUCUGUAAUCUGAUUAACGUGGGCCUCCAGUACGUUCUCAUCUACCCAGCUAAUCUCAGACUCAAAGGAUCGGCUGUAUCUCAGGUGGUGGCCUACUUCUGUCUGGGUUUCUUCACCAUCCUCUAUGCCAGGUUAUCGGGAGCUUACAAAGGAACAUGGGGAGGUUUCUCGCGCAGUUCCCUCAAGGACUGGGGACAGUUUUUCAAGUUGGGUUUAUCCAGCAUCAUGAUGAUCUGCCUGGAAUGGUGGGCUUUUGAAGUCGGUACAUUCUUGAUGGGCAUUCUCGGUGCAACAGAACUCGGUGCCUCCACUAUACUGAUGACGCUAUGGGGCUUCUAUUCCGCGAUGUCUAUCGGGAUUGGCUCAGCGGCGGCAUAUCGGUCCGGGAGAUACCUCGGUUCUAUGAGGCCUUUAAACGCCAUUACGGCCGCCAGGGUAGCAUUUUGUGUGGCGUGGGUUGUGGCGUUUAUUACGGCAGUGAUAACACUAGCCUUCAAAGCCUACAUACCGUAUCUCUUCACUACCGAUCCGGACGUUGUUUCCUUGGCAACAGACCUGCUUCCCAUCCUAGCGCUCUUCUCGUUUUUCGGUGCAACUCGCAAUGUGUGUUCUGGGAUUAUACGUGGCACGGGAAAUCAGGCAGUUGGCGGGAUAACCUCGUUUGUUAGUUACUUCGUCUUUGGUCUGCCAAUUGGUAUCCCUCUGAUGUUCCUCACAAGUGCGCAUGCUUCAGGGUUUUGGUGGGGACUAACGAUCGGGCUGGCCAUCAACUCCACGUCUCUCUUCACCAUCAUAUACCGAAUUGAUUGGGCAACGGAAGCGGAAAAGGCUCAAAUAAGGGCAAAGGUAAAGGCUUCUAUGAGUCGGCAAACAUCGGUACUGGAUGGGCGUGAUGCGGAAACGUCUCUGACAAGUGAAACUGCUGCUUUACUUUCCAGUCAGGUAACUGAAGCGUUAAACAACGAAAUAAGCAAAAAACGCCAUUCUGACAGAAGCGGAAGUUACGGGACGAUGAGUGGCCGGUAUUUGCCGAGUAAACCUCCGGAUAAACCCGAACUGUCUAAGUCUGACAAACAGAACUGGAGAAAACUAUACGUCAUACGUGGCAUAACGUGUAUUGUUUGUUUCGGAUUGUUUGCCUUCGGGAUAAUUUGUAGGGUUUUGAUCUUCAUCCCACCAGAAUUUCCUCACGAUGUGUGCAGCAACUGUACAACGUUGAAUAUUACCAACAGCACGACUGACUGGAUGUUAUGA